GUGAUCUGCAGUGAAAGCAGGGAGCAGGUGGAGGAACAGUUAGAAAGAUGGAGGCGUGCACUGGAAAGCAGAGGAAUGAAGAUUAGCCGAAGUAAAACAGAAUAUAUGUGCAUGAAUGAGAGGGGUGGUGGGGGAAGAAUGAGGCUACAGGGAGAAGAGAUGGCAAGGGUAGAGGACUUGAAAUACUUGGGGUCAACCGUCCAGAGCAAUGGUGAGUGUGGUCAGGAAGUGAAGAAACGGGUCCAAGCAGGUUGGAACGGGUGGAGGAAGGUGUCAGGUGUGUUAUGUGACAGAAGAGUCUCUGCUAGGAUGAAGGGCAAAGUUUAUAAAACAGUGGUGAGGCCAGCCAUGAUGUAUGGAUUAGAGACAGUGGCACUGAAGAGAAAACAGGAAGCAGAGCUGGAGGUGGCGGAAAUGAAGAUGUUGAGGUUCGCUCUCGGAGUGACCAGGUUGGAUAAAAUUAGAAAUGAGCUCAUCAGAGGGACGGCCAAGGUUCGAUGUUUUGGAGACAAAGUUAGAGAGAGCAGAUUUCAAUGGUUUGGACACGUCCAGAGGAGAGAGAGUGAGUAUAUUGGUAGAAGGAUGAUGAGGAUGGAGCUGCCAGGCAAGAGAGCUAGAGGAAGACCAAAGAGAAGGUUGAUGGAUGUCGUGAGGGAAGACAUGAUGGCAGUUGGUGUUCGAGAGGAGGAUGCAGGAGAUAGGCUCUCAUGGAAAAGGAUGACGCGCUGUGGCGACCCCUAACGGGACAAGCCGAAAGGAAAAGAAGAAGAAGAAGAUAAGACGGUGCAAAUAAAGAUAUCAUGAGGCAAGAAGCCUACAAAUCCCAUCAUGCAACAGCUGUGAUAACCUGUGACCCCUCCCACUUCGUGGUUGAGUAAAUACAACGAGCGUCAUAUGCGUAGUUGAGCUGUAUUUAACAUUGCUCGCUGAGAUUACGUAAAUAGCUCUUGUUAAGAAGACAACCUGCAAUUUCUUAAUUUGAACAGAGAAAAAUGAAUUCUAAAUUAGAUUUGUCUGUGUGAAACUUCAAAACUACAUUUUUAUUGUUGAUAUUAUAGAAUAAGACUAUAUAAGCAUUACAAAUGCUUAAGAGGACUUUUUUCAGUACGGUUGUUCCCAAAUGAGAGACGUCCCCUUUUUUGGGUACUAGUUGCGAGCAUUUUCUCCUCAAUUUUGGCACAAGUCUCGCGGUGUAGCGAUAAGUUCAGAAAAUAAAAUGGACGAUCCCCUUUUUCCAUAUGGAGCAUUCAUACAAUAUCGAUCGAAUCGAGUUUCUCGAUAUAUCGCUCAGCACUAAUCGCAAGGCACCCCUGUAGAGCUUCUUCAACUUCAUGGAGGGGAUGAUUAGUGUCUUGUAGGAGCUGCUCCACAUCAUGUUUAGCCGUUCUACCUAACCAGCUGCAGCUGCGGAGCAAGUGGAGCUGCCGUCACACUGUAGUCAUACAUGCGUGAAGCCAUUUUUACACUGUGGCAGGUACGAUUACAUCAUCAACAAGCUUUACCGCUAUUGGUUGGUAGAUUCCAAAUCUAUACCCUAUAUAACACGCACCCCUACAAGAAUGUGUUGAUUUCAUCAUAUUUGUGAAAUUUUACAGUGUCUGUAAGGUGCAUA